AUGUUGAGACGGGAUAAGGUGGAACAGGGGACAAGCGACCAAAAGACCAGAUCAUGGCGGACCAGAUCUGUCGGCAAGAUUGGAGAGAGGCGAGAGGGGCCGGAGCUGAUGAGACGGAGACAGACGCAGGAUUCAAACACGGGCAUUGUGGCGGUCUGUCUCCAACCGUGCCCCUUCCCACUCGGCUACCCGCCUCAUAUUUGCGUCUGCGAUGCAAAAAAGAUCAUGAUGGACGCAUCGCCAAAGCCCAAAUGGGAAAAUAAGAGAAUGGGAGGGUGGGAGAAUGCUGAGAGUGGUACAGACGGGGCAGGGGCGUAA